AUAUGGUGUUGCAUAUAGUGUGGGAUGGCCUCUACAGAAAUCCAUCAUCAGUUUUUUCUACUUAUUAGAAAAAAAUGUUUCUAUAGGCUUUCAAAGUUGAAAAAUGUGUAUUUCUCCAAAAUGCUACAGUAAAAUAAGUCCAUAUAUGGUGUGCAUUAUAGUGUGGGAUGGCCCCUAUAGAAACCCACCAUCAGUUUUUUUCUACUUAUUAGAAAUAUAGUUUCUAUAUGCAAUUGAAGUGGAAAAAUGUGUAUUUCUCCAAAACGCCACAGUAAAAUAAGUCCAUAUAUGGUGUGCAUAUAGAGUGGGAUUGCCCCUAUAGAAACCCACCAUCAGUUUUUUUCUACUUAUUAGAAAUAUAGUUUCUAUAGGCAUUUGAAGUAGAAAACAUUGUAUUUCUCCAAAAUGUUAGUGAAAUAAAUCCAUAUUGUGUGCAUAUAGUGGGGUAUGGCUCCUACUUAAACCCACCAUCAUAUUUUUCUACUUAUGAGAAAUAAUGUUUGUAUAGUCAAUUAUAUUGGAAUAAUAUUUUUCAAACAAAAUGCUUUCAAAAAACAUACUGUAAUUAAAUCUGUUCAAAUCCAUGGGUACUGUAAUUGCAAACUGCAUAAACAGUUUUAUUUGCAGGACAAAGGUGUAGAAGGCAUUACAAUAAUACAUAUUUAAGAUACAGACAGAGACAUUGGUUUCACAAUAUAACGUUACAGCAAUCAUAAUGCAAACAUUCGGAGAAAAAAACCUGCAUAAAUUACGACAAAAACGAGAUAUUCUAAACGUAAAACAAGAAUUAUGUUAUUGACAAGAGACGCGGAUCAUCUACAUUUAAAUAAAGCUUUACAAGCGGUGUUCCUGUAAUGUACCAUAAACCACUCAAUAAGCGCGCAUCUGAACCUAAACGGCGGCUGGCUUGACCGUGUAUUUUCAAACCGCGGCUGGCUUGACCGCAGUAACAACAGGGGUUUGCGAUUUAAAACAUCUCUCUGAUAAGUGCAAGUGACAUGAAAGUAGCCGCAGCCAUCUUGACAACGCUAUGAGGCUUCAGUUUUUUGGGAAGCUUAGCAUUGCUGAACAGCUAGAUGAAGGCUACAGGAUUGGCAUUAGAAGGCACAAUGAAGAGGUCACAAAAAAUCGACACAUCCUGUCUAGAAUAAUAGACUGUGUAAAAUUUUGUGGCGCAUUUGAGCUGGCUUUGCGUGGCCACAAUGAGAGCGAGAGCUCAGAUAACCCCGGGAUAUUCCGUGGCUUGGUCGACUUUGUUGCUUCUCUUGAUGGAGUUUUGAAAGAGCACCUCGAGAAUGCCUCUGUGUUUAAGGGAACUUCGAAAACCGUGCAGAACGAGCUGUUGGACUGUAUGUUGUCUGUUAUGAGGGAACACAUAAUCCAAGAAGCACAAAAAAGCGAUUUUCUAUCAAUCCAGGCCGACGAGACCACCGAUAUUGCCACACAGUGCCAACUUGUGCUUGUGCUGCGCUACAUUGAUGGCAAAAGCAACGUACAGGAGAGGUUUUUUGCUUUUAUUCAUCUGCAUUCAACUACAGCUGAUUCCAUCGCUACAGCACUAAAAGAGCAUCUUACUGUCAUCCUUCCAGAGGAUCAGAAGAGUAAACUCAUCUCCCAAGCGUAUGAUGGAGCCAGCGUGAUGAGAGGUGCCACUGCAGGUGUUCAAAGGAAGAUUCAAGAUGUGUACCCAAAUGCCCAUUACAUCCACUGCUAUGCUCAUCAGCUCAAUCUAAUAAUGCAAAAGGCCACUUCUCACAUACCCAAAGUUAGAAUUUUUUUUUUCUAACCUUGGAGGAUUUGCCAGCUUUUUAUCAAGAUCACCCAAGCGCACAGAUGUUCUUGAUAAAGUAGUUGCCCAUAGACUACCAACAUCAAGCAGUGUUAGAUGGAACUUCCACAGCCGUGCCAUCAAUACAGUGUUUGAGCACAGAGAGGGCCUCAUUCGCUGUUUUGAAACUAUUCGAGACUCAGGUGACUUUGACCCUGUUACCACCAGAGAGGCAGGAGGCUUUGCCAUGCUGCUGGAGGAUCAGGAUUUUAAUUUUUUUCUGCAACUUUUCCACAACAUCAUGCCACACAUGGACAUCCUCUAUGCCAAACUCCAGAAGAAGGACAUAGAUUCAGUCCACAUUAAGGGGAGCAUCCAGCAGUUCCAGCAGGACAUACAGAAGAUCAGAAAUUCUCUCCAUUCUCUGGUUAACCAAAGCAGUGAAGGAGCUUCUCAACCAAAGAGGCGGCGGUCGCUUAGUCCAGACGUCCAUGAACGGAUUGCAAUAGAGGUCUGUGACACCAUACUCCAACACACCAUGGAACGGUUCUGCUUCACAAGCCACCUCGUUAGUGCCACCCUGCUGCAAGCAGACAGGUUUGAACAGUACACAGUGGCGUUUCCUGAAGAUGCACUGAGUAGGACUUUGAAGGCCUAUCCAGUGCUCAAUGGGAGUAAGCUAAAGACAGAGCUUAGUCUCAUCUACUGCAAGGAAGAGUUCAGAACCUGUUGUGGUGCUGUGGACCUACUGCAGCUGUUUAAGGAGAACAAUCUUGAAGAAGUCUUUUCAGAGACUGUCACUCUCCUAAAGAUCCUCAUCACCACACCCAUGACCACAGCAGAGGCUGAGAGGUGUUUCUCAACUUUGAAAAGAGUUAAGACUUUUCUGAGAAAUAGCAUGACUCAGGAGAGACUAAAUGCAUUGGCCAUGCUGUCAAUGGAGAAGAGAAUGGUGACUGAGAUCAUUGACUUUAACCAGAAGGUCAUUGAGAAAUUUGCAAGUCAGAAAGAAAGGAGAGCAAAAUUUAUUUUCAAAUAGUGUUAAUGGCCAAUGAUUAGGUAACUAUAGUGUGUUGUGUUUUUUUUUUAAUGAUUACCUUGAUUACUUCAUUACUGAUAAUAAACCCACAUUCAAUUCAAAUUCACUGAUUCAUAGUACAUUUAUUUGCAUGUAUUAACAUUGACUGUAAUAAUGAUACAUCACCUGAUUAAUGGCUAUUUAUAGUCCUGCAUUACUGACAGUUGUUGUUUGCGCCCCCCCAAAUAUUUUUAGCACCAGCCUCCACUGGUGUCGGAACUAAUUCACAUAUGUCGCUUGUGAAAACAAAAAUGGCGGCAGCGCUAUGGGUGGACACGUUCAGAAAAGGGGGUGGUAAUAUUAUAAUAAGAACGACUACCUACGUCAGAAAGCGAGCAAAAUCUGAACGGCUCGUUUUCUCACAGGCUUGCAGAGAUAGGCUCACGUAAACAAAGUUACUGGAUUGUCAUUUUUUAUGUAUUCUGAGUUGGUAGAUGUACCAGACACCAAAUUAUAGCACUUAAACAUUGAAAAAGUCAGAUUUUCAUGAUGUCCCCUUUAAAGGUCAAGUGCAUUCCAGCAUUAUGGGAUACAGUAAUUCA